AUGUUAAUCAAAUCAGUUUCUUUGGCUCUCCUUGUGGUCGUUUCUUCUUCUGUUGCCAUGGCAUGUGACAAUGCUUGUACGUAUAGCAGCACUAAGGCUGGUCGUUGCUGGUACACCUGUGCUGAUCGAUGUUCCUGGACUGGUGGUCAUCAUCGUGAUGAAUUCUUGGGUGGAUUACAAAAUCGCGGCUAUUCCUGUCGACCUGAAGGAUGGAACACCUUAUCAUGUUCUACUACUGGUGAUUUCGGUUCUUGUAAAUCUCACAAGUGGACUUGUGGAGCAGGCUGUUAA